UGUGUUCAAACAUGGACAAAACAGAGGGCAAUUCGCUAUCAAGCCUCGAUCAUUUCAGGUACGAAUGAUCUUUAAGUCUCUUUUAAUUCGAUAACAUUUUGUCCUUGUCGAUUUUGCGCGAAAUAAGCGGCAAAUAGAUCAUCUGACAGCGGCAGGGGAUCCAAACACAGCUUGUGUACAUGUCCACAUUGAAAUGAACGAAAGCUGUUGUGUCUUCAUUUUAAACUUGUUUUAGAUGAGAUUUUUUUCUUCGUCCAGGCCAGCUACGCUUGAGAUCAUUUCGCGGGUUUGACGAAAGAAAAAGGCUGGCUUGUCAAACGGGCUUGUAGGGAUUUAUUUCCCCUUCAAAAUCAGAAAAUGUUUUAUUCAGUUCAAGUUGCGUUGAUUGCACUGCAUUUUCGAAUCCAUUUCGCAUAUGUAAGUCUACUUUAUUUAUAGUAUCCGGUUUUUUCUGCAAAAAGAGGACAACUGGAUCAAUUCCGCUGUUUUGUUUCCCUCUAUUUCUUUAAUUCAAAGGAUUUCAGAAGCAUCUUAAAACGACAAUUACCUGAAGACGUGUGAAGAUGCUUUUAAAGAUAUAACAUGACACUGAACGUGACAACAACGUGUUUGUUCACACAUGAGAAUUUACAUGUAACAAAACUGAACUUGAAUUUAUUCCAGUUUCAAUAUUGCCCCAUGUGGAGGGUCCUCGAAGCUUUUUAAUAUGUCGGGAUUUUAUACUUGAACUUAUUUUCUACAAGACGUAUGCAUUAAUUUGUAGGACAGAUACUGAUAGGAGGCAGAGUUUUCUGACUUGUUAACCAAUGAUAUGAAUUUUCUGAUACCGUUUUGGAAAAUAACAGUUCAUUGGCGGUAUAAUACUACAACCAGAUUGCAUUAAUAUAUUCAAAGUAAGUGGAAUAACCUCUUUUUAAAACCCUGAAAGAUUUAGGGAAUUAACUGCAGUAAGGCUCUUGACGUGGGGUGGCACGCGAAACACGCGAGUUGGAAGCGCUCAGCCCACGAAACGCGAGUUUAACGAAAGGAAAAAAUCUUAUUUGCUCGAUAAGCGCUCAAUCAGCGGUUUUUCAAGGAUUUAAAGGAAAAAACUAAAAAGUACUGCACAUUUCUGUAAUAUGUCACAAAGCAGACAGUUACGGUAUUUCUAUAUCAGCAAAAAAGCGAGGCUAAUACCUCACUAUUGUUUAAAGGAUAAGAGACUGCUCGUAGCCUACUUAACUAAAAGUUGUACAUAAAGUAAAACAUCAAAGAUACUCGGAAAGAAAUUUUAGUUGCAGUAUUAUUGUAAUUGUCGUGUAUUUCAUUUAAUUAAAGUUGCAUACGAAAGAGAUUGAAGCAAAAAAGGGUGGUGUCCGUUGCUGAAAUGAAAAACACUCCGGCACACAUCCUUUUUUCCCUUUCAUUACGAAUUUUUUUCUUGAACAGUAGCUACGAUCAGUUAAAUAGAUACUUUGAAAUAGGGGAGAAAAAAAAAGAAAAAGUGAUGAUCAAGAUAGCGAAUGGUUCAUCUUCACACCUCCUUGUAGGGCAAAUAGACCCCGGUAGAGUGGACAAUCUUUCAUAAGUUGAUGAAUGAGUGAAUAAAUAAAUAAAUAAAUAAAUAAAUACAGUCGAACCUCCCCUAACGGUCACCUCUCCACUUCCGUUAGCCUGCGUAGCAAGCGUUUCUAAUCGAGUUAUUGCGCGAAAGUUAGAGCGGGAGCAAAAAAAAAGGUCAUUCCUCUUUUUUUUGCUCUCGUUCCAACUUUCUCGACAAACUCGCGCGGAAACGCUUGCUGCGCAGGCUACCCUUCUGUCCCCAAGCUGGCCAUUGUGGAGAGGGCAAGACAAGACAAGACAAGAAGAUUUAUUUCACUCAGCUCCGUUUACAUCUGAUAGAUAGAGAAAAAGAGACAAAUAAACACAAUUACAUAAGUGAAGAAUCAAAAAUGUAGUCACUAGAUAAGGAGCGAGAGGUUCGGCUGUAAAUAAAUAAAAGCGUGCAAUGCUUUUAUGUUGACGUUUUAUGUCACUUGGAUAAACAAUGUUGAAGGACUACCUUAAACACACGCGCUGUAUCCAAAUAAACAGUGAUAUCAUGGUGACCAGUCCUACGAGGUCUUCUGGCAAGAAGGCUACAGUGCCGAAUUGAGUACCGUGCCAAAAAGAGCACAACGCAUAAAUUAUGACAAAUUAUGAAAUUCCUGUAUCGACGUGAUGACAACUUAAUGACAUGAUGACAGUUGAAACCACCAAAACUUAACGGACCCUAGAUGGGGAAUCCUGAAACCUCGAGUUCGACAUCGAGUCCGAGUUCGAGUUCGAGUUCGAGUUGUACUUCGAGUUGCAUUUUUUUCCUUUUUUGUUUUUUGUUUGUUUUGUUAUGUUUUGGCCACCAGAAAAAGAAAAAAAAAAACUUCUGAGCACCGGGAAAAACGGUUAAAGAGUGGUUCAUUUCAAUAAGGUAUAUGUCGGAAUCUUAUCUCGACGCAUUGUGUCGCGAAGUAUCGUAGAAUGCUGAAGGCGGUUCUAAGUGCAAAAUCGGUCAUUUUCGUGGCUCGUGUUUCACUCCGAAAGUGACACAGUUUCGGAUAGACUUCGAUUGUUUUGUCGAAAACAACGGUAUUCGAGAAUGGAUAAGGAGAGAAGUUAUGCUGAUGUCGUCUCUGGAAGUGGCAAGUUCAUCGUUUUAUCUUUCUUCUUUUGGCGAUUUGGAAAUUUUUCAACCACUACACUUGUGAUAUUUGACUAACCACGUGUGGUUAUACACCUCACCAGGGUCUUCUGACUCCGAUGAAGGAUUGAUGGUCAGGUGGGUGACUAUGUAACCUUCUCUACACUGAUUGUGCAUGCCCAGGGUGAAAAUAAUUUCCAUUAAGAUCCCUCUCAGAGGCGUUUACAGAACGAAGUAUAUAGAUUUUCUGGGAGAUUUGCAAACAGAGUUUUGUGCUAUUGAAUUAUUUGUUGUCGUGAUGGGUUAAUUAGAUUCCUAGUUUGAUUAUCUGUUAAAUAGCCAUUAAGACAUUUGCGGUAAUUGAUAAAAGUAGGAAACAUCCGUUGCGUCAUCCUUUUAGUGAAAUUAUCCUCAUAUGAACAGAUCACAGCACCGCUUUUUCGAGCUUUUGCCUUUGGUGCCACAAGAGACUGGGGAUGGCAGGGAGGGAAAGUUGUUUGUGAAUGGUGACAGAUUUAUUUUAAAAUUUAGCCUUUUGAUGAUGAGCUUUCAGGCAGUCUGGCGAUUAUUAAAACCCAUUGUCACCCUCUUGGUCGGAAUCGGUUCACCGAAAAGCCGUUCUUUUGAAACGAUAAUGCAUUCAGAGCGUUCAGGUUCUAUCUUGAAGACUUUAUGCUAUUAAUACCUUGUAGUAGCCCUGUUUUUUUAUAAGAACGUUUUGGUGCGUUUGAUACUCAGACGCCAGUCUAUAACCAGUGCUGGAGCAGUAAAGCUCCAGACGGGAGAAGUAAAGGUAAAUUCUCUUUAUUCUGCCAGAAUAGACUCUGAGUAACUAAAGUAGCACUUGGCUCUCUUUUUUGUUUCAAUCAAAUUAUUAUGAACCGAGAACAUAUUUUACAAAUAAGUAAGUAUUUAUAUCCGACCUUGUAAGAGUAGACACGCUCGGUGGUUAAUCAGGGUAAGCGCUGACUGCACAACGUUGUGUUUUAAAGGAAGUGUCCAUAGUAUUAAACACUUCUAUAAAUAUGUUAAGUUUUGUUAAUUAAGAGCAUAUUGAGGGGCAUUGGGCUUAAAAGCCCCCAUGCAAACAAAUUACGAUUAAAACGCUUUAAAACCAUUGGAUUGCGAGGUCAUGGCUUGGUCAUUAAGUUGUCAUCGCGUCGAUUCAGGAAUUUCAUAAUUUGUCAUAAUUGAUGCGUUGUGCUCUUUUUGGCACGGUACCCGAUUCGGCACUUCAUUAUUUUAUUGAGGCGUUCAGAUACUGGAGAAGGACGUGAAAUGGAGAGGAGGAAAAGAGGGGAGGAAAAGGAAGAGGGAGUGAGGAGCGAGGCAAUCGGUGAAAUCGCUCGAAGUUAUAUCGUCCGAAACCAGAGUCAUGUCGCCCGAAAUUUGUAACAAGAGUGUUUGUAGUAUAAUUUUUAUCUCGUUCCUUACGCGAUAUUGAGACAAAACAAGCGGGAUAAUUGUAUAAUUAAGUCUCGUUCUUUAAGCAAUGAUGCUAUGGUGAGACGGAACAUGCGGGAUGAACGUGCACCAUAUCCCGUUCUUUACCCGAUGCCCGGCGGGGGGUGGGGGGGGGGGUACUGCCAUGUAUGGGCUAUAUAGGUAUGUGCCGCUGUGAAAGGUACGGUUUUCAAGCAGUUUACUUGGGAUAGGGUGUAUAAAUCAGAGCGUUUGGAUCUAGAAUAGGGUAUCAUUUUUCAGGAAUCUGAUCAGUUGGUUGAAGAUUUUAUGUAGACUAGAGAUUGUGAUAUGAGGUUUUGUUUUGGCUAGACUACUGUGCUAGUGGCUUUAGUAGUUUCUUGAAAACAGCUACUCUAAGAUAGAGGGGAUUUGGGGAGUUUACUCUAGUAUAGGGUAGCAAAAUUCAGCUGAACUAGCUCUCGUAUAGGUUAAGGGUUCCAGGGUCCCAGCGGCACAUCCCCACUCAGAAAUUCCUAAAGUACUCCCCUCCGGGACCAGAUGAAGAGACGGAACAAGCGAGAUGAAUGUGUAACAUAUCUCGUUCUUUUAGCCUUGAGGAAACGAAACAAGUACGUCAAGUAAGUAGUAUAUCUUUUUCUUAAAGAUUUGAUGAAACGAAACAAGCGCGAUUAAGGUGUGUGGAUGUUGCUGAACAAAUAAAAUUUCGGGUGACUUGACUAAAAAUUUCGGGUGAUAUACCGUAACUCUGGUUUUGUGCGACUGGACCGUAGACGGAGCGAAGUUUAACAGGUGUUCCUCACCCUCUCUCCCUACCCCCACCCCUCGCUUUUUUUUUCGCUGUCCCCACUAUCUGAACGACCUGAACGGCUAGAAUAAGCUUCAUGCCGCGUGGAAGUUAUGCGUUAAGGGCCUGUUUACUUGAAGGUAGGGGACCCCAAGUAGGUGAGGUAACCCGCUUAGGUGGGGUAACCCGCGUGUCCAUAUAAUCUCUCAUUUUAAUUUGAUCACGUUUACAUGAUAGGUGGGGUGGCCAUAUAAGAGAUUAUAUGGACAGGCAGGUUACUCCACUUAAGGCUGUUACCUUACUCACCUGGGCUCCCCACCUCCAUGUAAACGGGCCCUAAAUCUCGUGUUCAGUUAACUGUUCCUUAUAAAAUAAUAACCUUCAGUUUUGCUUCGAAUUGUUCAAUUGCAGUCAGUUUGCGUCAUCAGCAUUGUCUCCCUUGGGAACUGACAGCAACGGAUCGAACCAGCAGCCUCUCUUUCGGUCCGAGAUGCUUUCGCGUGAUAGAGGCACUACGGCUCAAGGCAAAGUCACUUCCCCGACAUCUCUCAGCGCCUUCUCGAGCCUAUCCUCUGAAGGACGCAGCUCAGCGUCCAAUGUGCCUCUUGCCAGAAGUACUGAUUCUUUCAUAUCGGCAAUGCCGAUAAAGCCCGGCCGCUCUCCGAAUUGGUCCGACGCUGAGACUCGGUUUCUUAUCGGGUUUUGGGCCGAGCAACAUCAAAAUAUUAGCCAACAAAGGAACGCCAAAGCUUGGGACAUAGUCGCUCGGUUGCUGAACCAGAAACUUGCGCAGUGUGGAUUUGAAACGUUUCGGACGGGUCAACAGUGCAAGGGACGCAUGAAGAGCAUAGUGUUUGACUACAGAACGACAAAGAAACGAAUGAUCGAGACCGGCGAGGAUGACAGAAAAUGCGACUACUUUGAAGAACUUGAUCAAGUGCUCGGGAAAGUGCAGGGAGGAGGGUCUGAGUUGAGUGACCCGAGUACGGUUACCCAGGAGGGCGAGAAGGCGUCAGCGGGUGGCGGGGACAACGAAGACAGCAGCACAAGCGAUGAUAUCGUCGUUGUGAAUAUUCCAACCAGUUCUGCGCUGAACGUUGAUACCACCACUGGUCUGCAAACUGGAAUUACAGGAAUUGAGGUUAAUCAGGCAAUGGCUGAGGAGAGGGAAUCACCACAGAGAAAAGAACCCCCUAGGAAAAGAAAGAAAAAGACACCGACGGAUGACGAUGAUAACUCUACAAUUCAGUUUCUCAGGAGUUAUAUGGAGGAAAGCGAUCGUCGAGACAGGGAAUUCUUGCUGCAGAUGGCGCAGAUGGACCGCGAGAGAGAGGAAAGAAAUUACGAGCGAACAAUGAAAAUGAUGAUGGAGAUGGCAAAAGUGUUCAAAAGUAGUAUUGCAAGUAAUCAAGAUAACCCCAGGGGAAGUGGUGUCGGUACUGUUCCUCCCACCCACGGUGGGGAUAUGCGUUUAAGCAUGAGUGAUAACAAUGCGGCUUCUUCGCGCGCGGGAGAAAGCUUUGGAACACAUUUAAACAGAGAUUCUAGAAUGAAAGGCAACGAAGGAGGCUCAGCGCAAGACAAGAAAGAAAAGCCACUUCAGUUUCUUAAAGAGUACAUGGAGGAAAGCGAUCGGAGAGACAGGGAAUUUUUACUGCAGAUGACACGAAUGGACCGGGAGCGAGAGGAAAGAAGCUCGGAGCAAACCAUGAGACUUAUGAUGGAGGUGGCGAAGGUGUUCAGAGGGGGCAGCUAG